AUGAAUAUACCGUUUCACAAUCGAACGAUCGAAAAUAUGGAACAAAACGAAGAAUUAAUUUCGGAAAUGAUGACUGAUAAAAACAAGUUAGUAUCCUUUUUUGGAAGAAUUAAGAUAUUAAGCGACAGUUUAAAUCAAAUUACAACGGAAGAUGAGAAAGAACAAGAAGAGUUGGAUAGUAUUACAGAUAUUGUACUAGAAAAUUUACGUAGAUCGUUACAACGUUUUUUGCAAGUUGAUUUACCUAAUACAAACAAUAUUCCAUCUGGAGCGAUUACAGCUAAUGGCAAAUCGAAUGUUCGUUUGCCUAAGCUCGAAAUUGAGAAAUUCGAUGGCGAGACCUUAAAAUGGAAAGCUUUCUGGGGUGUAUUUGUUUCGGCAAUACACGAAAAUUCGACGCUAAACGUUAUCGAAAAAUUUACAUAUUUACGAUCUCAAUUAAAUGGUGACGCAUUUAAAUUAAUCGCAAGUUAUCCAGUUGCAGCCGAAAACUAUCAUCCAGUCAUUCAGGUAUUAAAAGAAACGUACGAUAAUAAUGUCAAAAUAGCGGAUAAUCAUUUCUAUUCCCUAUUUAAAUUAACAAUGGCGGACAACAAUAAAAUCUCAUUGCGAACAAUGUUAAUUAACUUUGACACACAUUUGCGUGCACUUGAAGCGCUAGAAAUCGAAACUAAACACCGUUGCAUAUUGAAUAUGCAACGGUGUUCAGUCACCAAAAUAAAUUGA